AUGACCGCCAUGGCCGACGCUCUAUCUUACUCCGUCGCUUCGUUCCGCAUUCCUCCGCCGCCGCCUCCCCAAACCCCUCUACGAUCGCCGAAACGCAGACAGCAGCUUUCUACAGAUGAGCAAGAUCCGCUUCUUGCCGGGCUUUCCCCCGAGGCCAUUCUCGAUGCCCUCGCUUCUAUCAAUGCCGUCCCGAAACAUGAACCACGAGCAAAAGACAUCUUGGUAAGGAGCAUGUCUCAGGUAUCUCCUGAUGACAGGGUAAUCGGGGCUCGAGCAGCAUUAGCCGCACAAAAGUUGAAAACCUGGCUACGAGAACUUUCAGCAUGGCAAUGGCCGACGGGGAAAGACAUGCACCGGGGGAAGGGCUUCUUACCCCCUACGGCGGAUCCUUCGAGAGAUGGUCAGGUGUUUUGUGGGAGUCUUUCGGCGCAAACGGUUACACAAUACGAAACAUAUAUCGAGGAAAUCAAGAGUCGUAUCGACAACCUUAGGAUCGAGGAGCUGAAGGAACACAUUAUAAACGUCCACGUGCCUGGUCGCUCCAGGCCGUCAUCGGCAAACAGUGCUAUGAGCUCCAUUUCAGCACCCCCGUUCACUUAUACACAGCUUAGCGAUUUUGCCACGGUUAUUACCGCCACCAUUCUUCGAGCCCUCCCUACUCUAUCACGGCUAAAUCGACUUUUGAGCACCUGGACAGUCCGAUUACUGGUUUCAAGACAAAUUCCGGGUCUGUUGGAGUCUAUCGAAGCGGCACGAAAACUUCUUGACGUUGCGCUUUCUACACUACAUACGAUUGGUCACAAUGACGAUUUUUCCACCAGCACUGUUCAUGCGAAAAAGGAGGAACUAAAGCAGUACAUAUCCACAGCUGGUUUGAGAAUGGACACCAUCCUUGACGCCUUGGAGACCUGUGAAGACUCCUUGCCAGAUUCAUGGAUUGACCAGAUGGAUGCGCUUGAGGCAGACUUUGUCACUUGGGCUCAGCGAGCACAACAGAUAGCAUUCGAGCGAGAAUGGAAACGUUCCGAAGCCCGUGAAGAACACCACUCCUCAAAGGAAGCAGAGGCGCCCGCAUUAGAAAAUGUAGGUCCAUUUUCCGAGAACUCAGGAGACAAUGAACCAAAGCCUGUCUCCCCAGGGAGCAGUCUCCAAAACAAUCUAGUUAACAUGCCAACGGAAACUUCUGCCACAAUCCCCAAAGAUGCGGAGCCAACUAACGACGAUACCCUUCCUGCACCAAACGAUCCACGUGUUCCGUCGGAAUCUACUACGGGACCUACAGUGGAAAAUACGUCUGGGAUAAGCCAAACUCACAGCCAGACACAACUAGAUUCGUAUGUUACCACCGAUGAUACCUCAGUACAGUCCCUGUCCACCAUCACACCAGAUACAUGUGUCAACGCAAUUCCUACGCCUAACAUCGACGGUCCAACCCCUUGCGAGGACACUCCAAGUGACACUCCUUUUAAAGACCAACUCUUUCAGAACUCCGAAGUCAGCGCUCAACCCGAGUGCUCGGUCAAUGAUACAAGCGUUAGCGAGGCGCAAUCAAAACCAGCCCCUUCGACUGGUGCAACGAGUGGUGAUAUCAUUACAGAUCUUAAUACCAGUGAAGAAGAAGACAUUAAACAGGCUACUCAACCUCCAUCCCCCGGUACUCCUGGUAUCCACCUCCCUUCUCCGAGCAAACCAGACAGCCCCCCGCUUUCUAGUUCGGAAUCUCAUCCUGUCGAAGUCCCUAUCAAUGUCGACCCUGAAGCAAUAAAUUUAGCCCCGGAAAAGGACUCUGAUAUACCAUCGGAUCCUGUUAUAUCUGGAAGAGAAAAAGGAUUAAACACCAUAUAUGAAGUUCCUCUAGAACCACAAGACUCACCUUCAAUCCAACAUGCAGAUAUUUAUAAUAUCUCGGAUACAGAAGGAGAUAAAAGUGUCGCUAGUGAAGACACCACCACAUUCAUUGAGACGGACAUACCAACGCCAGACUCACCAGUUGAUACGUCUACGCCGCAACAUCUACAAUCGAGCAGCCCACACCCUAUUAUAGCCGUAUCAAAGGCUACUGGAGAGGUUGCGGAAGAGGGUACUGAGGGUAGUCAUGAUGGUAACAACUCAAGAUUGUCAGCCAAUAUCGACGAUACGUCUAGUCCAUCACUUGUGGAGUCGGAUUCAGAGCGCGGAUUGCCCCUGGAUAGAGACGAGCCAAUCCAGUCAAUCGAAUAUCCCUAUGAGGGCCAGCUAUUGGAUAACAAUACAUUCCAUAAUCAGCAUAAUCACUUUACUCCGACUAAAUCGCCUUCUGUUGCAGUCGAAACACCGGAUUUAACGAUACUCUCCUCGCCUGGCGUUGUUAGUAACGACAGUGACCGUACCCUUCGUGAUAGGUUCUCGCCCAAGUUAGAUGACUCCCUUUUACAGAAACUGCAGAUAUUCAAACACAAUGAUAACGCGAGCCUUCCUUUGCAACGCUUCAUCAAUGAUGAAACGGACACCAGCUUUUCUGUUGUUGAGGGCAGUUAUCGACAAAACAACUUUUCGACCCCAAGGAGGUCAUCUGACAGCCUAGGAUCCUUGCAAAAGAACGCUAAUCUCACCUCUUCCCGCAAGGAUAGCGAAUCGCCGCCACCUGAUGCACUUCCUCGGCGAGCUGUACGAGGGCCUAGCUCUAGCCUGAUGCGGGGAACGAUAUCUUCUCUGAACAAGGCUGUUGGUAACACUCCGAGACAUGAAUCCGAUUCAAUCAGUGCAGACAUGGGUAGCAAUCGACUACAUCCACGAUACAGAGCCGUGUCUACUAAAGACAUCGACCCAGAUUCGGUUUCGUUGAAUCGAAAGGCGUCGAACAACUCGUUACUUAGUGCGCCUAGUGCUUUUGUACACAGCAAACCAAGUAUGGAAAGCAUCGGGUCUUACGCUUCCAGUACCGAAUAUGCAGAAAGGCGUAGAAAGUAUUCUUUCUCCGAUGGCGGCUCGUUCGCUAUGAGGCCAGUCAAUGAAGCCGACGAUGAGCUGCAAGAAAAGAUUCAUUCCAUCCUCACCGGUAUACCUGGUCAAAUCCGCCUCAGCAAUAACCCGGCAAGCGACUUCGAUCAACGUUCGGUUGUUUCCUCCGUUUCAACAUCAAUCAGAAACCAGUUUGGUUCAAGAUCUCCCUUUUCAACACCUAGUCGAGUGAGCACUCCUACUCCCUCGGGGACCUUUACUCCAACCUCUCGCCCUAAACGGACAACAUCUUAUAAGACCGAGGACAAGACCGUGAGAGUUUACCAUCUGCACCACCGUGGAAAAGCACAACCGACGAAACUGUUUGUACGCACUGUUGGUGAGGAUGGCGAACGGGUUAUGGUACGUGUCGGCGGUGGCUGGGCCGAUUUGCGCGAAUAUCUUCGUGAAUACGUUAUUCACCAUAGCCGCCAAACACCCUCGAAGAGUCAAGUCGAGGUUAAAGGUCUUCCUAUCUCGACAUCUCCAGGUUCCACCGCGACACUCUCCGCUGACAAUACGCCGAGCGUCCCACGCCCUUCUUCAGUCAUCAGUAACAGGCCAGGCUCAUCCCUUUCGGUUCGCAAAACAAGGCGUCCUUCGAAACCCGCUGCCGACCUUCCCGCACUUACCGCUGAAAAUAUCGAUAUCGCCGGAGAAGAGCUAACAUUUCCAUCCUUUCCUUCGGCGCGACGCGGCUCCGCCUCAUCCAUCAACUCAGUCAGCAUGUCUUCUAUUCUCGGUGAUGGCUCGAGCGUCUACUCCCCGCAUCCCGGGUCUGCGAGAACUCCUCAUACUCAGUCAUCUACGCCUCUUGGCCUUGCUGGCCCUAAGCCACGGACCAGACAUGUGUCAAUGACACCCGAGAGUGAAGCCUGGAUGGAAAAUGUCAUCGGCCAGGCGCGGCGAACAUCGUCCAGUGUCAAACCGAUACAGAAACCUACAGACCCUCGUAUUGAUCGUGAGCUGCAUAAUUCCUCAAAAAUGAGUGUGCGCAGUGUCAGUGAUAUUGGCUCUAUCGGCCGUAACAAGCGUGUCUUGUUGAAAGGUCUCGGCGCUCAUGAGCAAUCAUGA